AUGUUGUCCACGGUUUCGUUUUCUCUGUCCAUCGAGUCUAAUGCUACUCUCCUUCAGUAUUCAACAGCGCUUGCAUUGACCAAUUCGGCCAGACUGACCGGCUGCAGCCUGUCGCAUGUCCGUCCUGGGCCCAACGGACAAGCAGUGCUCAGCACAAACGUCAGGCUGACCCCUUUGCACGACGCCCUGUCCACCAGCCAGAUCGACGACCUGCUCACCAAACAGUUGACCGUGGCUGAAAUCCAGGGCGCCAAAGGGUUUGGUGUCAAGGGUCCGGGUCCGAUUGAUGUUCAGGUGUUCGGUCCUGACGUGAUAGAUCCAAAGACGAUCACAGUGCUCCCAAUUUCGGCAACUACCGGCUACGUCUCUUUUAACGGAAGCCGACCGAAAUGCGACCGCAACUACACGGUGCUUUGGAAGAAACCCGAGGAUACCAUUCCGAGGGGCUCAAAAUCCAUCACCUGCAACCGAGGCUUUGGAGGCAAACGCAAUUGCAUGACCAUACUGGCCCCAAGAGCAGCUGGAGUCAAGGCAAUCCGUCUACAUGAGACGAGUCGACGCAGCAUGAAACCGACCAGAGAGUCGGGCACGCACAGGACGUGUGAGACUCUACUGACGGGCCUCGAUCCCAACAGCCAGUACCAGUUCUCCGUCAUGACAUCCAAGCCGGACGAAAAAGCCGGUCUCCAAUCGGACUGGUCCUCUGCCCAAGUAGCCACAAAGUCAGAUCCUUCGACUGCAUUUUUUCGGCAAAGGCGCAAUCAUGCUGCUCUUGGGCAAGGAGAACUCCGUAUCGAUAUCACAAUUGGAGCUUCAGCAAUAGCAGAAAAGCCGUUGCUGGAUUCUUGCCUGGGGCUGGCGUGCUAUCACAAUGCCUCAUGCUCGAGCCUUUCUGCCACGGGAGCGUGUGUCUGCCGGGGUACUUACACUGGACCCUUCUGUGAAACAAAGAGAAACAUGACCCGUUAUCGAGAUCCGGCUGAUACAAGAUUGCUUGCUCAUGUGGCCGAUGUCAUGUCGGUGAGACUUGCCGACCUAUUCUACAAAGAUUGGUAG